UGUUUGACGUUGAAAAGGAAAAACAUAAUGACACGAAUAUGGAAAUCUACACCGUUCUCGUAUUUGUUUUGGCGGUGAUAUUUUCCUUCGUUCUUGCCUUGACGAUCGUAUUGGCAAUUCUCUUACGAAGGCGAUAUUUCUACCAAUUAAAACACAUCUCUGAAACCGAGCCAUUCACCCCACAAUUACCGCGGCGAAGCGUCACGAAACAGCGUGAAAAACGGCCUGUCAGUUAUGCAAAGGAACCGUUAGACGAAGGUCCGGACAACGUUUUUGAAGAGCAAGGUCAAGAACAACAAUCAACAAAUUCGUCACAAAUCACGUUCUCAUUGUUUCAUCAACCUAGCGACGAUCUUUUAGUUCUGGACGUAUGGUCCGUGACAGACACUCCUCCAGAUUUCGUAAGAGGCUACAUCGAAGCCCAGUUGUUUCCCUCGGAUUUUGAGCCCGGCCAAUUUCGUACAAAUGUUCGAGAAUAUGCAGAGAACGGGGUUGCCUUCAAUGAAAGUUUUGGCAUUCCUAAUGUUAGCUCUGAAAUGCUAGAGAAAGUUUAUCUUAAGUUCUUUUUGUACAAAACGUAUGGGGUUUAUCAACCAAAAUGCGUUGGUCAUACCGUAUUUGCACUCAAUGAUAUACCCUGGAAUCCUAUUGGAAAAACUCAGUUUAAACAGGAACUUCGUCAUCAUCAAAUGAGUGAUUCACCGUCUACACCAGUAAUCACCACUGACGAUGAGUCGCCAUGUUCUUCACCAUCUCGAAAACGAGACAAAGGAGAGCUUUAUGUGUCUUUGAGAUAUCAGAAAAAAUCUGGUCGUAUCAACGUUGUCGUGUUGAAGGCUGAAAACAUUGAGAGAGGAAGUGUUUUACAAAGUGAUCCCUAUGUCAAAAUCAAGCUGCUCUAUCAGGGGGAGGUGAUUGACAAAAAGCAAACGAAAUCUCAGAGAAGAAAUUCAAGUCCCUGCUGGAAUGAACCGUUUGUAUUCAAUGUUGACGAAGAGAAAGGUUUGAGCAACUACGAGCUCAUAUUCUUAGUGCGCAGGCGCGAUCUACUCUCGCCCCAUUCAACCAUGGGUUGCGUCCGUAUUGGUGCCCAGGUAGGCGGCGCGGGUCAGUCGCAUUGGUAUGCAAUGUUGGCCAAAGGAAACCUCAUGAGACAAGUUGCUCGACGCCACAGAAUCAAAUAA